GCCGUUGCCGACAAAUUGUACUCGGCACAGUGUUCUGUUCAUUUUUAGUCAAAUGUGAGAAUGUGAAUUAAAAAAAUGUCUUUUUGUGAAUCUCUUGAAGAAUCGUGUACAAGGCGAUUGAGAAUACUCGAAUCUGUCAUAUUGGAACAUGGCAUGGCCGCAGACAAUAAGGAUAGGGAUGGUGAAGACAACUUCCCUCAUGGCAAAGCAAUUUCAGUGGAGACACUGUUGGAUGCCUUACUAUUGCUUUACGAGGAAUGUUGUAAUUCUUCGCUUAGACGAGAGAAGACCGUUUCGGAUUUCAUAAAAAUUGCGAAACCUGUGGUGACAUUGGUGAAGAAAUUGCGACUGUCACGAGAUGAUUUCGAAAUUAUCAAAAUCAUUGGUCGGGGCGCGUUUGGAGAAGUUUGUGUUGUACGCAUGAUUAGCACACAAAAGAUAUACGCCAUGAAGAUCCUUAAUAAGUGGGAGAUGCUAAAGCGAGCAGAAACAGCCUGCUUCCGAGAGGAACGGGAUGUUCUAGUUUAUGGCGAUCGCCAGUGGAUAACAAAUUUGCAUUAUGCCUUUCAAGAUGACACUAACUUGUAUUUAGUCAUGGACUAUUACUGUGGUGGCGAUUUACUGACCCUGCUAAGCAAGUUCGAAGAUCGUUUACCGGAGGAUAUGGCUAAGUUUUAUAUAGCCGAAAUUAUAUUGGCUAUAAAUAGUAUACACCAGCUUCGUUAUGUACAUCGUGACAUCAAACCCGACAAUCUGGUAAUUGAUGUAAACGGUCAUAUACGUUUGGCAGAUUUUGGUUCUUGUUUGCGUCUGGGUGCAGAUGGUAAGGUGCAAUCUAAUGUAGCCGUAGGCACCCCCGAUUACAUUUCCCCUGAAAUUCUACGCGCAAUGGAGGAUGGUCAGGGGAGAUAUGGCGCAGAAUGUGAUUGGUGGUCCCUGGGCGUUUGCAUGUAUGAAAUGCUCUAUGGUGAGACGCCAUUCUACGCGGAAAGUUUAGUGGAGACAUAUGGAAAAAUAAUGAAUCAUCAGAAUUGUUUCGAUUUUCCACCUGAAGAUGGCAUACAAAAAGUAUCCGAUGCCGCCAAGGACCUCAUAAGGCGUCUUAUAUGUGCUCCAGAGUUUCGCCUGGGCCGCAAUGGCAUUGAAGACUUCAAGUCGCAUGCGUGGUUUGAGGGAUUAGAUUGGGAGCACAUAAGGCUGGGUGCAGCACCAUAUGUUCCAGAUGUGGAUAGCCCAACAGAUACGUCGAACUUUGAUGUGGACGACAAUGCGAUAAGGCAUUCUGAUUCAGUGCCACCUGCCGCAAAUCCAGCAUUUUCAGGGUUUCAUUUACCUUUUGUGGGUUUUACAUUUACCCAAAAUAGCUGCAUGUCUGAUUUGGGUAAAUUGGAUAUAAACAGCUUGACUUCGUCUAAAGAUGGCAGUGAAGGAAUUGACCGUUCGUUCUACAAUACUUUGAAGCAAGAACUACUUAAUGAGAAGAAUCUAUCUCCAGAAUGUACACGCCAAAUCCUCAACGAAUUGAAAAUAUUUACCAAAAAGAAACAAGAACUAGAUAGUAGUAGUAGUAGUAACUCAGGUGAUAAGGAAGUCGAUAGCAGCAUUUCGAAAGCACGUCUUCAAGAAUUAGACAAGGAAAUAAACGAAAUAAAGCGUGAGAAACUUGAGAUAAUAAAGGAAUACAACGAUGCUCUUGAUCGAAUAAAACAACAGGAUUCAGAGUUAAAGGAUGCAAUAAGCCAAAGAAAUCUGGCCAUGAUGGAAUACUCAGAGGUCACGGAUAAACUAUCGGAAUUGAGAAAUCAAAAGCAAAAAUUAUCACGUCAGGUAAGAGAUAAAGAAGAAGAACUCGAAACUGUUAUGAAAAAAAUCGACGUCUUGCGUCAAGAUCUGAGAAAAUCAGAUAAAAGUCGCCGAGAGUUGGAAAUGCGCAUUGAGGAUGCCCUAACUGAUAAAGCAACCGAAAAGAAACAAAGGGAACGUGCUGAGGAAUUCUGCCGGCAGCUGCAAGAAGAGCUUAAUAAGAAAAAGAAUUCUGAUGCCUCAUCCUUUGCAGCUGCGGCAGCCGGUGCAAAUAAUUUCAAUUCAGAAGCAACUCGUUACGAAAUCGAAAGAAUUGAAAUACAAUGUACAGAAAAAUUAAAUCAACAGCAGGCCAGAUAUAAUCUCGAAAUAUCAGCUCUUAGGGAGCAGCUUAAGGAAGCAGAAAAAUAUCAAGAAACUCUUCUCAACGAAUUGCAACAGUCCCGAGAGAAAUAUGAGAAUAGCAAGUUGGAUACGCUUAGCGAUACAACCGAUACGAUAAGUGAGCUGAAAGAAGACUAUGACAAAGACAGGAAUAUGUGGAUAGAAGAGAAGCAACGACUACUCAUGGAGAUGGAAAUUCACAGUCAAAAGAGUAUGCAAAUGCAGGCCAAACAAAGUGAAUUCGAGGACAAUAUUGAAGAACUAAAAUCAAAACGUCAGGCCAUUAGCCAAUGGGAAAAACAAAUGUCCGAAAUCAUCCAAUGGGUGUCAGAUGAAAAGGAUGCGCGCAGUUACUUACAAGCGUUAGCUACAAAAAUGACCGAAGAAUUAGAAUAUCUGAAACACUCUGGUCCAUUCUAUAAAAAGAAUAACAAUGAUAACAAUAAGAAUUGGCGUAACAGGCGAUCCCAAAAAUUGGAUAAAAUGGAGUUACUUAACUUGCAAUCUUCCCUGCAGUCGGAAAUUCAAGCUAAGGCAGCUAUUUCCGAUGAAUUAAGCAAAACUCGAGCCGAACUUAUGGCCACACAAAAAGAUUUGAAUGAUUAUCGCAAACGCUGUGAGUCGGCCAUGUACGAGCUACACUAUAAGGAAAAUCAGCUAAGGGAUCUGCAGAAGGGUUUGGAGUCGUCAAAAGGAUUUCUGGAAAGAUCAAAUUCACAGGUAUCUUAUAAUUAUUUCAAUAAAGAAGCUGCAGGCAUUUUCAAGGAAUCUGAUCCAAACAUCUGCGGCUUGUCAUCCGUGGGCGAUACAGUGAUGAACUCUUCCUCGAAUAUAUUCUUCUCGGAUGACUCAGCGGAUCAGAGGCAAGCGGGGCCAAUGUCUUCUGCCGUUUUUGCAGGCGGCAACUAUCCCAUGAACUUAUCCCCCGAACACAAUUUAUCGUAUGGGGAAGAGGGUAAAGCUCUUAUACGUAAUUCCAGUUCAAAAAGUAAUUUGAGUUGUAAAUCAACAGAACCCCCGCACCAUCAUCAGCUCCAGCAAACACCAAGCGUACAUAAGCAAAAAAUACACCAAUUUCUGGUUCGUACCUUCAGCAGUCCCACCAAAUGUAACCAUUGUACUUCCCUAAUGGUGGGCCUAACACGCCAGGGUGUUGUAUGUGAAAUCUGUGGUUUCGCCUGCCAUACGAACUGUUGUCAAAAGGUUCCUACUAUAUGCCCAGUACCCAACGAUCAAACAAAGCGGCCUUUGGGUAUUGAUCCCACGCGGGGCAUUGGUACUGCCUAUGAGGGCUAUGUCAAAGUGCCGAAACAGGGCGUAGUCAAACGAGGAUGGGUGCGGCAGUUCGUGGUAGUGUGCGACUUCAAGCUAUUUUUGUAUGAUAUCUCUGCCGAUCGCAGUGCAUUGCCAUGUGUGAAUGUUUCACAAGUGCUGGAUAUGAGGGACACGGAGUUUGCGGUUACUAGCGUAAGGGAAAGUGACGUUAUCCAUGCCGCCAAAAAAGAUGUGCCAUGUAUAUUCAAGAUAAAAACGUCCUUAAUCGAGGGUGGACCCUGCCUAAAUACUCUAAUGCUGGCCGACAAUGAAUCGGAAAAAACCAAAUGGGUGGUGGCAUUAAGCGAAUUGCAUCGCAUCUUAAAGCGCAAUAAUCUACCCAACACCGCUAUAUACAAAGUCAAUGAGAUAUUGGACAGUUCUUUGGCUUUGAUGCGCAAUGCCCUGAGCGCCCUCAUCGUCUAUCCCGACCAAUUGCUAUUGGGCACUGAUGAUGGCCUGUAUUGCAUUAAUUUCGAACAAUACGAAAUAGCUCGUAUCGGUGAUAGCAAAAAGAUUUUACAAAUCUGGUAUGUGGAGGAGGAACAUAUUCUGGUAUUACUUUGCGGCAAACAGCGGCACAUUCGAUUGUUGCCCAUACGCGCUUUAGAGUGCAGUGAUGUGGAAUGGAUUAAAGUGGUUGAUUCGAAGAAUUGUGUGGCAGCAUGUACUGGCAUUAUUAAACGGGUACCAGCAUUGGUUUACUGCUUUGUGGUCGCAUUGAAGAAGCCCACAAAUCAAACACAGAUCAUUGUAUAUGAGAUCAAUCGCAAUCGUCUGCGUCAUCAGAAGAUGUGCGAAUUUACGGUGGCGUACACGGUGCAAUGCGUACAAAUACUCUCCGAUAUGCGUUUGGUAAUCGGCCAUCAGAGUGGUUUCACUGCCUAUUUGCUGCAGGGAGAAGCAACGGCCAUGUCUCUAAUACAUCCUGAAAACCAACUGUGUGCCUUUCUCAACUAUUCUGGUGUGGAUGCUAUACGUGUCAUUGAAAUACAAUGCGCUGGAGGUGGUUAUGGCGAAUAUUUAUUAGUUUUCCAAACGCUGGCCAUAUAUGUGGAUUUACAAGGACGAAAGUCACGAGAUCGAGAGAUUAUGUAUCCAGCUCUUCCUUCACAUAUUACUUAUUCGGAUGGUCAUUUGCUGGUGUUUUCCGAAACGCACUUAGAUAUAUUCAAUACACAAACUGCGGAAUGGGUGCAGUCAAUAGGGCUGAAACGCUCCUCACCUCUAAGUCAACAAGGGAACAUUGUUCUAACACACAUUAAUGAUACGCCUAAUGUUGUUUAUCUAGCCAACAUACAUACAAAAGGACUUUUCCAAUCGAAGAAUCUCAAGCGUAUUAGUGGUAUCAAUACAAAACGACGGUUUUCAAUGCGUGAAAUCAACAAAACCAUUAAAAAUACGGAUAGGAGAUCAAAAAUGAUUUCAGCUCCCACCAACUUUAAUCAUAUAUCGCACAUGGGUCCUGGUGAUGGCAUUCAAAAUCAGCGCCUGUUAGAUUUACCAACCUCCAUUGAAAGUCCUAAUGAAUCUCGUAGUCAAUUGCUAAGUAUGAUACAGCCCGAUAUGGCUUCUCUCAAACAAUUCCGGCAACUUAAAAUAGGUCACAACAAUGGAGUAAUGCAGAAAAGCACAAUGCAUGACCAGCAAUCUGAGCUAAAUUACUCAGAAUCUCGUUCACCAAGUCCAUACGGCAAUGAAUCAUCUUCAUUUAAAGACAUGUUCGAUGAUGAAUUAUCAUUCAGUGCUCAACUUAUGAAUGAGGGAAAUCAGCAGUGACAUUCAUUACGAUCGAUAUUGUCUAUAUUUUCUGAGCAGCAUACCUAGAGAUUUGUGCAAUAAUGAGAGUGUGUUGUGUGUUGGCCUCCCCAAGACACAAUGAGUGAGUGAAUGGAAAAGAAUUUCCUACCAUUUCACAAAUGCGCUGAAGAUGAAUGCAAAACUGAUCUCGUCAUCAUGCUGACCCAACUCACAAACAGAUUCACCCACACACACAUACACACACUCAAAUCAAUACGGAAGAAAGGCGAAGAAGGAAGGAAGAAAGGAAAUGCUAUCCAAACAUUGAACUACAUACAUAUUUAUAUACAUGCAUAUAAAAUAUUACUUAUACAUUAAUAUUAUGAUACGGUUAUUUAAUUAUUAUUAUUAUAUAUUAUAAUUAUUUUUUCAUAUUAACGCUAUUACGAACGAUCAAAAAAACAAUAACAAAUAUUUAUACAUACAUAUAAAAUAAUCUACAUUUACAUACAUACUAUUGUAUAAUUGAAGUUAGUUGGGCAAUUUUUGCAUAACCAAACCCCUAACACAACACAAAAACGAGUGAAACACAAAUUCACAACCCAAAAAGGGAAGAUAUUUUAUACAGGCAACACAAGUAGGUUUCCUUGAAUGAAAUAUUUUCUCCUAGGGAAUAAAAUGCACACUUUACACUUUUCAUAAAAAAACAAAGCAGCCCAAAACCCCAUCCAGCCUCUACCGCAUCCACUUAAUAAUUAUUUAAUAAAUGAGUUGCGAAUGAAUUUUAAAAAAACCCCCAAAGCAAAAUUGAAUGAAAACAAAAACGAAAACAAAACGAAAUCAGAACAAAUAAAGUAGACGUAUUCUUAAUUGGAUUUAGAAAGAAAGAAUGAAUAAUAACAAUAACAAUAUUUGUUAAA